UUUCCAACUCCGACCAUCAGAUGCCAAUCUAAAUGUCAACAAUCACGCGUGUACGGUGUUUGUUUACAAACCGAAUCGAGUUUCAAACGUAUUGCGCUCAUUCCGGUACAGUGGGUAUAGUGAUUCCUCCAACAAGUUUCUUGCGAUGGCCUCUAACGUAAUGAUACGACUGGCUUCGGACAGGGUGAACCUGAUGCUACUGUCUGGUGAUAGCAAUCCACGACUGUUCACACCAGGCGAAGUGAUUACAUCACAGCAAGGUUUCAUGCGUGGACAUGGAACGUAUAUGGAGGAUGAAGACAUCAAAUCGUCUGUGGCGGGUGUGAUGGUGCAGGUGAACAAACUUAUAACGGUAAAAGCGCUGAAGGGACGCUAUGUAGGCGAGAUAGGAGACGUGGUUGUAGCCCGUGUAACGGAUGUCCAGCAAAAACGCUGGAAGGUCGACACUAAUUCUAGACUCGAUUCGAUUCUGUUGCUUUCUUCUGUCAAUCUGCCUGGUGGAGAGUUGCGCCGACGAGGUGUCGAGGAUGAACAACAGAUGCGCAAGUAUUUACAGGAAGGCGAUCUCAUUUCUGCCGAGGUGCAAAAUGUACACUCGGAUGGAGUACUCUCGCUACACACGAGAAGUUUGAAGUAUGGCAAACUGGGACAAGGAAUACUGGUGAAAGUAUUUCCAUCGUUGGUUAAGCGAAGAAAAACACACUUCCAUAAUUUGCCAUGUGGCGCAUCCGUUAUCCUAGGCAAUAAUGGCUUCAUCUGGAUUUCGCCAAUCGUAAACACCGAAGGUGAAGAAAGCGGCGGAUUCUCCCAAAAUUUAGAAGAAACGGUUUCAAAGCAAGAUCGGGAGGUGAUUUCACGAUUGAAGAAUUGUAUCUUGGCGCUUGCUCACUGUAAAAUGCUUCUUUACGACACCAGUAUACUGUAUGCAUAUGAGGAGUCCCUCAAAUACGAAGUUCACGAGUUGUUGCACCAAGAAGCCAUGUUUGAUAUAGCAUUUUUAACACAACACAAAUUAAAACUACAAGAAUAAUUUAAUACACUUUGGUGAUAUAA